AUGGAUAUUCCACGAACCAAAACAAUUAACUCCAUCGAGAUCGAUAUUUCUUCAGAAGUUUGUGAAGUCCACGAUGAUUCAUCGGAUCAAGAUUUUAUAUCCGUAGUUUUAAAUAAACCGACUUUUGAUCGCUCCAAAAGCCCUGAAGUCGUUUGUGUUGGGAAAAUAGAUGGAGAGAAACGAAAGGAGUUGGGUCCAGGCUAUCAACUCUAUGGCGACAAGUCCGAACUUUUGGCACACAAUCUGUUCAAUACAAAUGCAUCACAACAAACAAAGGAUCACAUUUCAUCCCAGCACUCUCCACUCAACGGUAUUGAACAACAGAGUUAUGAGAAUAAAGAACCGGACUGCGAUAACAAUUCCUAUAAUGAUACUAAUAACGAUACUAUUCUUAUCGUCCCACAACCAGAAAGGUUUAUUACCCCACCGCACACACAGACCCCUUCCCAAAUCGUUCCAGCAGACACUUUAUAUACCCCAAUAAAGCAGACCGCUAGCGAGAAAUCGCCAAUCGUUAUUGCGUCUGGAACUAUAGAUACUAGUAAAAAAACUAUUAAGGAAACUAUACCAACCGAGUCGAGUGUAGAGGACAACAGCUUCAUUCUACCUCGGCCGUCACAGCCAAUAGAAUUUCGGAAAGAGACGCACGAAUGUUUCGAAAUGGAAGAAGAGCAAAAGCGGUUUAUUAUGGUUGACGACUUUUAUUCCCAAAACAAUUGUAAUAGUUCUGAGAGUCAAAUGAGGUCCUCUUUACUCUACGAACAACCCUUGUUUUUCAAGAAGAAGGAAGACGAUGUUGUCCAAUUGGUAGAAUCACCGUGUUUAACACAACACGAUGAAAACCCCAAAGGGCGUCAAAAUGUUAUUCCGAAUGUUAUUCAAACAGUCACGCAACAAGUCCUUCAGGAAGUUAUUAAUAAAGAAGAAAAAGAUGUGAUGACGGAGGAAGAGAGAAAUGAGUCUGAAGUCUCCAAAAUCUUAUCGAAGUGUACAUUCAACCGAGAGACACUUGCUGAAGUGAUUCAAGACCAAUCACUGGUAUCGGGGAAUUCCCAAAAUGGCAGCCAAGCGAUGGAAAUGGAGUCUUCAUGUGUAGAAAAUGACCGAAUCAGUCCAAGUGUAACACAAAAAGUCUUACGAGGGAAUGCAGUGAAUGUAACAGACAGCAAUGAAGGUAUUAGUAAUGCGGAAAUGACGAGAGAGAAGCUUGAAGUGUAUAUCUGGUAUGAUGCCGAAUUGAAGAGACUGAAUUUAGAGAAAGAGAGGAGACUUAAUGCUCUUAGUUAUCAUAAUGUCCCUUCUAAUGAACAUUUUAAAAGUGGUGAAUGUCUUCCCCAAGACAAUGGAAUGAAAAGAGAUGAAAGAAAAGAGAGACUGAGAAGUCCUCUAGUUCAAGAUAAAUAUAUUGAUGAUGGGGAAAGUAAACACGUGAGAAAAAAAGAAACAAAAUCACAUUUGAAGAGUCGAAAAGUCCCACCAAAAGCUGUGUGUAUUGAAGACGACAAAAUUCAACGAGUAGUCACUGUGUCACAACUUGAAGACCAAAGUCUGUUUGAUACGAAACACACGACUUCGAAAUGGAAACGAUUCCAUACAAAACGAGAAGUUGUCGAGUGGAUUAAGAGUCAACCAAUUUAUGAGGACAUUCUUCUGUAUAAUGCUAUUGAUAUCGACCACCUCAUCACUUUAUUCAGAAAAGAUAAGUACAUCGUCACGAAAAAAUUACUCCGCGAAUUCCUGAUAGAGAAGUGCGUCAACUUUGCGGACGCAGCACGAGAGGCCGCUAAUAGAAGAGGCGCCGGCAAUUUCUAA